UGUAACUAACCUUCAAAACCGAGCUGUUAGUUGGAGCUUUUUUUGGGUUGCGAAGGACACUUGUUUGGAGAUACAGCUGAGCCUAGUUUUUGCAGCCAUUCCUCUGUGAGUGCUUCAUGACAGGAACACUACCGUGCUAUCAAUUCACACCUGGUUAAUGAAGAAUGCAGAUUGGAGUUUUCAUCACCCACAGGAUGUUCUUGUAACAUUGUUUUGCUAGUCAUUUUUUGUUUCAAGAGAUGUAAAAAAUCUCAUGCUCCUUCAUCUGUGAAGCAUAUCCUUCAACACAAUUGUAUUUGGCUCAGUUCUCUUGGUAUAUAUGUUUCAAGUUGUAGAUAGUAAAUUUGCUUCAUCCCUGUUAUAUAUGCUUUGCAUUAUAUUUUAUGGUUUUCAUAAUUUAUUUUCGAAAUAAUUAAGCGAAAACUUUAUUAAUUAAUAGUGAUCAUAAUUAAAUGACACAUCAAGUAAACAAUUUCUGCGGUUUGCAAUUUGUUUAUGGUAGAAGGGAAAAUAAAGGGCAGAUCGAUGCGCUAAAGCUCCUGCUAUGCGCAGGGUCCGGGAAGGACCGGAUUAGAAGGGUCUAUUGUACUCAAUCUCACCUUACAUUUUUGCUGGGAGUUGUUUUUACAGCUUGAACUCGUGACCUCCUAGCCAGCCACAUGACAACUUUACUAGUUACUCCAAGGGAAGGGCCGAAUCACAAGGGUCUAUUGUACCCAAUUUUACCUUAUAUUUCUGCAAUAAGCUGUUUUCAAGGCUUGAAUCCGUGACCUCCUGAUCACAUGACAACAACUUUACCAGUUACUUCAAGGGAAGGGCUGGACCACGAGGGUCUAUUGGGUCCGGAUCACAAGGGUCUAUAGCCUCACCUUAAAUUUCUGUAAGGAGCUGUUUUCACUAACCUUUGGGUCACAUGACAAAAACUUUACCGGUUACUCUAAGUCCCUUUCCAAAAAGGGGGAAAACUCUUUUCAUUAAGUCAAAUUUUACGCGCACUCAAUGUUUACACCACACCAUUAAUACAAAAUAUGUGUUUGUUGAUAAAUUUUUAUUAUUUAUUAAUCAAAGUUACUUUAAAACAUAUUUUCACUCUGUUAAAUCACUUAAUUAAUUUUAUCGCCAAAUAUUUUAUAAUCUGUCAAUCUUGAGUUACAAACAUGACCAAAUUAAGGAAGUAAAAUUCCAAAAUCUCUUGUUAUAUAGCUAAUGAUAAGUUAAAGUGACAAAUUAAUUAACAAUCUUAAGCAAAGAUGUAAAUUAUUGUUUGUUUGAUCUGAAUAAAAGCUCAGUUAUGUGAUCCCAAAAUUAGGAAAAAUAGUUUGAAGGAGUCUCCUAAUGUAUAGCUCAAAUAGUUCCUCCUUUUUAAACUGCUUUUUAUAAAGUUAAUAAAUCAGAAUAUGAAAAGUCAUUCAUUGUAAUAAAUAUUAUAAAAUACUUAAUAAAAAGAAAGAGUCAAUAUCAUGAUCCCAAAGCAUUUCAUUUUUAACAAUUUUUUUUUUUUAAUUUUUCAGAGUUUUUUUUCCCUGACUCUGCAGUUCCGUAACAUUGCAUAACCAAGAAAAUACACACACACACGCACAGUGAUCUAUUUUCCCUGUUCUUCUUCUUGACACAUGCAAAAUCAAAAUCUAGUGUGCAUGUGAUCUACGAAGGUGUAAAAAGGGAUUCAGUCUAUAUAUGUUACAUGCAGCGUAAGGGUGAUCAGAAGAAAACUGAAUCACAGAAUCAUUAUAGGAAAAAUAGUAGAGUUGGUGGUCGUUCAUUGCCAUCAGCACAGGCUCAGUAUCAACGAGUCACUUCCGGAAAAGGCGGUGGUAGCGCUAUUCUACCUCCUCCUUCUCCCCGUUCAGGUUCCUCUUCUCCCACGUCCACCACGCAAAGCUUCAAGAAGUCUGAUGGAGAAACAGGUCCACUGAAAGUGACCGAUGCUGUGCAGAAUGAUGCCCCUACCCGAACCUCAGGAUCAGGAUCUUCAAUUGCUGUAACUUCAGAUAAGUUAACUGAGCAAGCAGAUAGAAUCAGACAUGAGGAUAACCAUAUUGUUUCUAGUGCUCUUUCUUCUCAACAUGCGUCUUCAGAAUUGGAUACGUCUCCCAAGACCCCCGUGAAAGAUGACAAUUCUAAAAAAGUAUCUCUUCAGUUUGGAAGCUUUACCCCAGGUUUUGUGAAUGGUAUGCAGAUUCCUCAAAGAACCAACUCAGCACCGCCCAACAUGGAUGAGCAGAAUCGCAUUCAGGCACGAUCUAGUCCUUUUAGACCAGUGCAGCUUUUGCCUUCUUCCAUUCCACAUCAGCCGCCGCUGAGGGAGGACAUAGGGAAUCCGGUGAAUAAAACUCCUGAUCCUCAGCAUUCUCAUGAAAGAGAUCCACCUGUUCAUGUUCAGGUUUCAGCAAGUCAUGCUGUCAGUAGCAUGCAGAAGUUAUCUUCUGUCCCUUUUCCGGGGGUUCCAGUCAAUCCUCCUUUUGUGCAGCCUCAUAGUCCUGUGCAGUUCGGAAUGCCUGGAGCGCAGGUUCAACAUCAAGGAAUACCUGGUUCUUCAUUCCCUAUGCCAAUGCCAUUACCCGUUGGAAAUCCCAACCAAGUUAGGCAUCCCCCGUUUGUCCCUGGUCUCCAAGCUCACCAUAUGCAGCUUCCGGGAGCAAUGCAACACGGACAAAUGAUGAGCUUCCCUCCUAAAUUUGGUCAUCAGCUGAACCCUCCGUUUGGCAGCAUGGGAGUUGGGAUUCCACCACAGUUUCCGCAGCCUGUUAGGAAGGUUAAUCCUCGUAGAUCUGUCAAAAUAACUCAUCCUGACACUCAUGAAGAGUUGAAACUUGAUGAGAAGGCUGACAUGAAGUUGGAUGGUGGUGCAUCUGGCUUGGCAAUACAUCAUCAUGGUGCCUUAUCAUCGCAGCCUAUGCAUUAUGUUCCCUCUCAUCCUAUGAUAUUUUUCCCACACUUGUCCCCGAAUCCUACAUUUUUACCAAAUACUACUUCAGUUCCUAUAACAAACUCCCUUGUGGCUCCCUGUGCUCCAGGACUAGGAUAUAACUCUUCAGUUCAAUUGGCCGUUAACCAAGCUCCUGGCUCUGUUAGAAAAGAGAUUUUGACAUCUUCAUUUCCAGUUUCCAAUACAACGGAAAUAGAAAAAACACAGCAACCACCUUUGAGAGUUAACUCUACUGAAGAGGAAUCAACGAUUGUCUCAGAAACCUCUGUUGAGACGUCAGAAUUUGCCUCCAAGCCAAUACCUUUUGCUUCACCCUCAGAAAAAUUAGUUGUUUCUGUUGAUAUACCUCCUUCUGGUAGUGUUACGUCUAGUGGAAGCAAUGUUAACCAUCAUCAAAGAAUCGAUUAUGUUGAGACCGAGUUGAAGAACCUUCCCAAGAAAAGCGAAUUGCAUCAUCAACAACUACAGGAGGAAGGUAAAAGUUCAGUAGACUGUAUUUUUGAAGGUAAAAAUGCUGAAGCUAAAGAAACCCAAGCAACUUCGACAUUAUCAGAGAUGCAUAGUGAUGCUUCAAUUUGUUCUAGAGCAUCUCUGCAUAAUGCAGAUGCUAGAAUUCCUGAUGCUUCUUUAAAAGGAUUUGAUGAUUUUGUAGAUGAAUCUUCGGAACACUCUAGUGUGACAACUGGUCGGGGAAAUGUGAUUGCUGGUAAGGGCAUUAGACAAGGACAACUUACGACUAAUCCAUCUGAAAGGCCUUCUCUGGGUAAAAAAAAUGAGGAUACUUGUAGCUCCAUGUCCGCGAAAGACUCUCAAACUGAAAGAAAGUCAAAUGAUAGGGAUGCAUCGGAUCAAGUAUCAAGCACAGGUGGCGGUGAUUUUGCAUCAGUAUCCCCUAAAACUAGACCUGUUGCUAUUAAUAAAGAAGUUUCGCCUUCUGCAUCUGGAGCAAUGCAUCACGAGGAUUCUCAUAUUCAUAGUUCACCGUCAUCUCCAUCACACACCAAAAUAAGGGGAAAAGUCUCUGAGGAAACAAAAACCGAAUAUCGUCGCGUUCAAGGAUCAAGUCCAAAGGAUAGUAAACCUACAAAUAAGGUGAAAAGUGCAAAAUCCAGGGGAAAGAAAAAGAGGAGAGAAAUUCUUCAGAAAGCUAAUGCAGCUGGGGAUACGUCUGAUCUUUAUAUGGCAUUUAAAGGACCUAAGGAGAAACUACAGUCUUCUGUUUCUUCAGAAAGUGUUGAGAGUUGUACCAGUCCCACUGCAAAGAAGACAUCAAGUUCCAAUGAAGAUUUUUCAGCUAAUGACGAUAAAAACAGUACACGUGAACCAAACAACUGGGAAGAUGCUGCAAUGUCAACUCCAGAGUUGGAAACUUCUGGUGACAAUAAAUUUUUUAAUGAUAAUCUUAGGCAUACAAAUGGUGGAAGUGUGACUAAUGGACAAAAGAGAUACUCAAGAGAUUUCCUUCUUACCCUUUCUUCUCAUUUCACGGAUCUCCCUGCUAAUUUUGAAGUUCCGUGGCAUAUGGUGGAGGCCCUUUUAAGUACUAAUGCAAGCAUUUCGAAAGGGGUAGAUUUUAACAAGAAUGGUCCAAACCUCUCUCCUGGACAAACUAAUAGCAGACAAGGCAGCUCUUCUUGGACUGAGAACCGUCCUAUUGGAAUGGCAGAUGAUGGCAGGUGGACCAGUGACCAGCAUAUUGAUAUCAACCAUGGAGGAAGCUCUAAUGGUGGUCGUUCCGGUCGAGGAAACCACAAGAAUAUAAGGAAUAUACAAGGACAGCCACCGAGCCAAUAUGUAUCUGUGUUUCCUGCUGGAACAAUGCUGCCAUUAGCGUCUCAGGGAGGAGUACAACAUAUUAGAUCCGAUGUCAACCGCUGGCAGCGGGUUUCUGGCUCCCGAAAAGGUUCAAUGUCUUCUCACUCUCCACUGCAAGUUAUGCACAAAGCUGACAAGAAAUAUGAGAUACGCAAAGUGACUGAUGCAGAAGAGGCAAAGCGCAGACACUUGAAAUCUAUCCUCAACAAGCUAACUCCACAAAAUUUUGAGAAACUGUUUGAGCAAGUAAAGGAGGUUAAUAUUGAUAGUGCUACCACUCUUGCUGGUGUCAUUUCACAGAUAUUUGACAAAGCUCUAAUGGAGCCAACCUUUUGUGAGAUGUAUGCAAAUUUUUGUUAUCAUCUGGCCGGGGAACUUCCUGAUUUUGUCGAGGACAAUCAGAAAAUAACCUUCAAGAGACUGCUCCUUGAUAAAUGCCAGGAGGAGUUUGAGAGAGGUGAAAGAGAAGAAGCAGAAGCUGAAAGUAUGGAAGAGAAUGGAGAGGUGAAUCUGUCUGAGGGAAAGAGAGAGGAGAAGAGUUUACAAGUACGAAGAAGGAUGUUAGGCAACAUAAGAUUGAUUGGGGAAUUGUACAAGAAGAAGAUGCUUACGGAGAGGAUAAUGCAUGAGUGCAUUCAGAAAUUGUUGGGGCAGUACCAGACUCCAGAUGAGGAAGAUAUUGAGUCUCUCUGCAAGCUUAUGAGCACUAUAGGAGAGAUGAUCGACCAUUCCAAGGCGAAGGAUUACAUGGACGCCUAUUUUGAUAUGAUGACGAUAAUGGCUAACAAUACAGAUUUGUCUACCAGGGUGAGGUUUAUGUUGAUGGAUAUUAUUGAUUUGAGAAAAAGUAAGUGGCAGCAAAGAAGAAAAGUAGAAGGACCAAAAAAAAUAGAGGAAGUACGAAGAGAUGCUGUUCAAGAACGUCGAGCUCAUAUCGGUCGGUCCCCUCGCGGUUCAAGCACUGUUUCUUCUGCUAGAAGAGGGCAGCCUGCAGAUUUAGGUUCUCGGCCAUCCAUGUUUUCUUCUUCAACUCCUCAGAUGACUCCAUUUCGUGGAAUACCAUCACAAAAUCGCGGAUUUGGAAGCAAGGAUUGUAGGUUAGAAGCUAGACAUCCACAUGAGAGUAGGACAUCAUCAACUGCCUUGCCACAGAGAUCUAUUGAUGAUAAAACAAUGAGACUUGGUCCACGGGGAGGCCCUGGAAGGGGAACGUCUUUCAGGGGGCCAGCAAUGCAUUCUGGUGAUCCUGUGGUAGAUGUACAUGCUGGUUUUGGAGAAACCAGAAAACUGACUGCUGGUGGUGGUACAUCCAUGUGGUCACCAUACAACUCAAGACAAGAAUCAAUAUCCAAAUAUGCUCCAGGGACAGUUGUGAAGCCUACUGCUUAUGCUAGACCAAAUCAACAUGAGCAUGCACAUUACGCUGAAAGAGAAGUGACAAAUUCAAAUCGUCCUUUUGGGAGAUCUGCCGAACCACCAUCUUCAGCCCAUCAGGAUAGACCGUCUGCUGCGCCAAAUUCACCAGGAAUGAUAUGGUCUGAAGAACAUCUUGGAGAAAUGUCGAUUGCAGCUAUUCAUGAGUUUUACAGUGCAGUUGAUGAGGACGAAGUUGUUCUACGCAUUGGAGAGUUGAACUCACCAAGCUUUCUUCCAAUGAUGUUAUCGAUGUGGGUAAAUGACUCGUUUCAGAGGAAAGAAAGGGACAGGGAUCUUCUUGCCCGGCUUCUUAUCAGUCUUACGAAGUCCAAGGUGGUACUGAAUGCCAAACAGCUCGUUGAGGGUCUUUCUCUUAGCAGGUUUGAAUCAGUUUUAGCUACUUUGGAGAAUGAAGUUACUGAUGCUCCAAAAGCAGCUGUAUUUCUUGGUCACAUUUUCGGUAGAUUAAUUAGCGAAAAUGUGAUCUCUCUGAAAGAAACCGGACAUCUUAUACGACAUGGUGGUGAGCAGCCCGGUCAUCUUCUGCAAACUGGAUUGGGAUAUGAACUUCUCGAAAGUACAUUUGACGUGAUAAGAUCAGAGAAGGGAGAAUCAGCUUUGAGAGAUAUCUGCAGCACGUCCAGCACACAGUUGGAAGAUUUUAGACCACCCGUGUUGUCCAAAUGAACCAUUUUUUUUCUCAUUAGUUUUCGACAUGGUUAAUCAUUGUUUUACCUACGAACAAAUGCAGAAGCAGGACGACUGAAUAUGUGGAUUAUUCGGUGUAAUGCUUAGGCAUGUAUACGUGACUGUUGAUAUCAACUUUGUGAAGCAUAUAUCAAUUUGGUUUA